UAAAGAAAGUUGUUGUAGGGUUGAACAUUGGCAUCUUCUUUUUGGAAAAUAACACAUUUUUUAUUGAAAACCUUAACUUAAUAUGUCUGUUUUCAAGUUCUUUAUGUGGAUAUUCAGUUAAAGUGGCACGUGUGAUAUUCGUGUAGAUUUUAUAGAGAAAAAUGGCAAGAAAAGUUGGUAAAGAUCGAAAUAGAUUUCUAGCUAAGUUGGUGACUGAAAACAAGGCACCGUGUGCAUUUUGCAAACGUGAAAUUGAUGAUGAAACUACGUUCGGAAAGCUGUAUGCCAUUGGGGACAUACAAUGCCAUUAUUUUUGUGUUUUAUUAUCAUGUUGUUUGGUGCAAAAAGGCAAAGAUGAAGAUGGUCUUUUUGGAUUUCUUUACCCAGACAUCUUAGCUGAAGUGGAAAGAAGUAAGAAGCAUAGAUGCUCGUAUUGCAGUAAGGAUGGGGCCACACUGGGUUGUAGCAUCAGUCAGUGCAGGAAGCAGUUCCACCUGCCUUGUGGACGAGAAAAGAAUGCUGUCUCCCUGUUCUACGGAAACUAUAAGUCAUUUUGUCAAUUGCAUGCGCCGAAACAGAGAAUUCCUGAUGUUAUUAUGAGCAAGGCUAAAGUAAGAAUGCUGGAGAAACGGAAGGCACUGAAAAAUACGAUAAACCAAAAGAUUGAGACAGAAAAAGUGAAUGACUUUCCAGAUUCUAUCAAAGCUGAAUAUGUGUGUGUCAUCUGCUACGAAGAUGUUGAUCCAUUUCCAACUCUGCAAACUUUCUGGCCUCCGUGCUGUGCCCGAGACGCAUGGUUUCACAGAUCAUGCAUACAACGAAUGGCAUUGAGUGCAGGCAUGCAUUACUUGAAAUGUCCUUUGUGCAACGAUAAAAAUAAUUUCUAUCAAGCAGUCGUUGAACAAGGAUACUAUGUUCCUGAUAGGGAUGCUGCUUGGGAGUUGGAACAGAAUGCUUUCGCUGAAAUCUACGAACGGCCUUUAACAUGCAACGUGGAAGAUUGCCUCUGUCCAAUGGGAAGGAAGCAUUGCGCUGAAACCGGGUUAUGGGAUAUAAAACUAUGUCUGCUGUGCGGAAGUGCUGGCGUUCACGAAGGUUGUACAGAUGAAGAUAUAUCGACAUAUAUAUGUCGGGAUUGUAUAUCCGCCGCGCCUAAAGAGCCCGACGAACUCGCCAAACUCGCAGCGACCAUAGACCAAGUGAUAGCCAGCGAACAAGCCACGGUUUCUACCACAAGAGCCAGGCAUCCUGUGAUGCCUUCACGAAUGUCUUUGAGAAGAACCAAGCAAAGGAUCGCUUAUACUGACCCGAGUUCAUCACGUCACGACAACGGUUACAUCAAAACUGAGACAACAGAGGAAUUCCCAGAUACAGUCACAUCACGAAGAGAACUCAACCUUAAAUCUCCUAAGCGUAGGAUCAAAAAUGAUAGUCAAGAUUCUACCAAACCGUGCGAUAACAUGUUACUGUCUCCGGUGAAACUUCUCGAGUUGAAGUUAGCGGAGAGAGGCACGGAGAAUGUUCUAGAAGAUAGUCUGGUGCAGAGGCUGAAAGAGAAGAUAGGGAAACCUAGACCGUUGAGUGUGAAGCAGAAGAUUUUUGACAACAUUCUGGGUGAUAUAAUGAAUAAUGUCACAAGGGAGAAAAGGAAAUCCAAGGAGCCGGUGAGGGAAUGGAACUCCCCCAAAAAGGAAACAGAUGUUAAGAAUGAAUGUGAAAUACAGAAUGUUGUAGAGGACACACAAGAAGUCAACGAACAACCAACCAAAGAGGUAUCAAAAGAAACCACAGAACAAUCCACCGAAGAAUUACCAAAAACUGAUGAGCCCCCAACGAUUGAAAUAAACAACGAAAUAACUGAAAAAGAAGAAUCCACUAUAUUAGAUGUCGAUGACUCUUCAAACAGUACAUUUCAAUUAGCACCAGAGUUUGUCGCAGACCACAAUAGCGAUGAAAGCAUCUCAUACUUCGAGACACCCAAGAAAACCAAAACCGUAGAAAUAGCAAAAGAUUCCAGCAUGGAAAUUUCAGAGAGGAAUGACAAAAUCAACAUUGAUUUGAUCAAAAUCGAAAACGCUAAUGAUGAGAAAACUGACUCUGUUGAAACCUACAAGAGUCCGGAGAAAAAACAAAAUGUACAAUUGAAAUUCAGUCCGAAGGUCAAAAAUAAUGAUAGAAUGGAAAUUGACAUAGAAAGUUUCAAGAAUCAAUAUUUGAACGAGGUGGAUGGGAAUUUCAAGUGCAAUUAUAGUCAUAAACAUGAGGAAUCCAGUAGCUCGACACCGAAGUUGAGAACGGCCAUUGAUUUUGCGAUGGAAGCGGCCAAAACAACCAGGAAGCGAAAAUUGAAGAGAAAAAAAUCAUCUUCUAAUAAAAAAAGAAAAGAAUCCCAUUUGGUUCUAAAAUUCGAAGGCGAUAUAUCUAAGAAGAAACUGUCUAAAAGAAGGAAGAAGUCAAAGAAAACUGAAUUGUCCAUCACAAAUGACGAGAUGAGAGUGAAAAUAAGUUUGAAAAGGCAGAAAUUCCGAUUGAAAAUCAUGCAGUCUCGAACUCCCAAAACGCCGAAAACUCUUAAGCAGUACGUCCUGAAGUUCGAUCAGAACGCAUCGGAAAACGCUGUAAUUGAGAAACCGGAAACGGAUGUCGCUCCCAUGAAGAGGAAGUACGUGAAAUUGGAAAAGUCACCCGAUAGUUUCAAACAAAUGUCGCUGCACAGCUUUUUUAAACCAAUAUCACCGAAAAAGGAGCAACAGUAAAGACAUUUUCCAUAUUUUAUUAUCAAUGAACAUGGGUACACUUUCACGAUAAAGUCUAAUGGCUGAACUAAGGCCCGUAUUACAG